UAUGAUGCGGAGGACCUCCUUGAUGAGAUUGCUAUUGAAGCUCUUCGAAACAAGAUGGAAUCCCAGAAUCAAACAGUGAAGAAGGUAAGUCGUUUUUUCUCUUUCUCUCAAUCAUUUCAAAGACGGGAUGGAGUCAAAACUGGAGGAGGUCCUUGGGAGACUAGAGUACUUAGUCAACCAAAAACACAUCCUGGGUCUGAAAGAGAAUUGUAGAGGAGAAAAGGCAUUUCAAAGAGUGCCUGCAACUUCUUUGUUGGAUGAAUCUGAUGUUUAUGGCAGAGACGGUGAAAAAGAAGAAAUAAUGAAGUUGUUGCACCCUCAAAAUCUGACUGAAAACCAGAUUGAUGUGAUUCCCAUUGUGGGUAUGGGUGGGCUCGGCAAAACCACCCUUGCACAAUUGAUCUACAAUGACGAGAAAGUGGACAAAUGGUUUGAGCUCAAAGCAUGGGUGUGUGUUUCAGAAGAAUUUGAUGUUUUCAGGAUAACCAAAACCAUUUUGGAAGAGAUCACUCCUAGCUGUGAUAGAAACCAGAACUUAAAUCAGCUUCAACUUAAACUAAAGGAGAAGCUGUUGGGAAAGAAAUUUCUAAUUGUUCUGGACGAUGUUUGGAACCAGAAUUAUGUUCAUUGGAAAGAGCUUUCAAGUCCCUUCACUUUUGGGGCCAAGAAUAGCAAGAUUAUUGUAACAACCCGUGACAAUAACGUAGCAGCGAUCAUGAGGAACGUUCCGACUUAUUAUCUUGACGUCUUAUCAGAUGAUGAUUGUUGGAAGUUGUUUGCAAAUCAUGCAUUUGAUGAUACAAGCCCCAGCAAGCAUCCAAAUCUGAUGGCAAUCGGUAAAGCAAUCGUCAAAAGAUGCAAUGGUCUCCCUUUGGCUGCAAAAGCACUUGGAGGUCUUUUGCGUUGUAAACUAGAUACUGAUGAAUGGAGUAAACUAUUACAUAGCAACUUUUGGGACAUACCAGAUGAUGCAUGCAAUAUUCUUCCUGCAUUAAGAUUGAGUUACUAUUAUCUUCCUUCACAUUUAAAACGUUGUUUUGCGUAUUGUUCAAUUUUCCCUAAAGAUUAUGAAUUCCAGAAAGAAGAACUCAUUUGCUUAUGGAUGGCUGAAGGUCUUUUAGAGUUUUCCAAAAACAACGGUAAUGCAGAAGAUCGAGGUAAUGAGUACUUCAGAGAAUUGAGAUUGAGGUCAUUUUUUCAACAGUCGAAGGGGAAGAAAUCUGGUUUUAUCAUGCAUGAUUUAAUUAGUGACUUGGCUAAAUCCAUCACCGGAAAAUUUGUUUGUAGAUUGGAAGGUAGUGGUGGUUCAUGUGAAAUAACCGAAAGGACUCGUCAUUUGUCCAAUGUCCAAGAAGAAUAUGAUGUGCGAAAGAAAUUCGAGACUUUACCUAAAGCAAAAGGUCUACGUACAUUCCUAAACAUGAGGUCUUCGUUGAUGUCUUCCUAUGCCAGCAAUGUGCUAAUUCAUGAUUUGUUGGUUAAAUCAAGCUUUCGAGUGCUUUCUUUGGCCAAGUAUGAAAAUAUCAGUGAAUUACCAGAAGAAAUUGGUAAUCUGAAGCAUCUGCGAAGUUUGGAUCUCUCAGAAACAUCGAUUAGAAGGUUGCCAAACUCUUUGAGUACACUCUUUAAUUUGCAAACUUUAAAAUUGGUUAAAUGCAAAAACCUUUGUGAGUUGCCAAAAGACAUGGAGAGAUUGGUCAACUUGCAGCAUCUCGAUAUUAGGAAAACAAAGAUCGCAUGGAUGCCGAAAGGAAUGGGUAAGUUGAAAGAUCUUCGAACAUUAACAAAUUUUGUUUUAGCAGAGGAAACUGGUUCAAGCAUUACUGAGUUGGGAAAGCUCAAGCAUCUACGUGGAAGACUUGUCAUUUCAGGCCUAAAAACUGUUGCAUGUAAAAUGGAUGCCAAAGCUGCCAAUUUGAAAGAUAAGGUGAACCUUAAGGAAUUGGAAUUAAUAUGGGGUGAAAAUGAUGAUAUUGAUGGCGAUUCAAAGCAUGAUCGAGAAGUACUUGAACAACUGAAGCCUCAUAUAAACUUGGAACAUCUUGUUAUUAGAAGCUACAAAGGCACGAGAUUUCCGGAAUGGGUGGGGCAUUCUUCCUUCUCAGAUGUCGUAUCGUUGGAGUUAUGGAAUUGUAAUUUUUGCAUUUCCUUGCCACCACUUGGGCAAUUAUCAUCUCUGAAAUCUCUCCUUAUUUCAAGGUUCAGCGGAGUUGUAACAGUGGGUGAUGAGUUUUACGGAAAUAGGCACGCUUCGGAUAAACCAUUUGGAUCUCUUGAAAUUCUAAGCUUUGAGGAUAUGGCAGAGUGGGAAGAAUGGUUUUGUUGGAGUGAUGAAGUUUUCUCUCUUUUGCAAGAGCUGUGCCUAAGAAACUGUCCCAGCUGA